GUGCGGGUCUUGUGAGUUAUGGUUAUCGAACAUACAACCUACUACCAAGCACGAGGCGAUGCUUUUCUUACUCUUAGUUGCACCUCCGGCUCAGUCCUCCAGGAUCUAUCUGCUACUUGCGCAUUUAUCUUCAAACGAUACUAAAAAGGUGAAAAAGCACAAGCAGUGCUGAUGUUGUUCUAGCUCUAGAGCACUGAGACGGUAAUUUGCUUUCAUUUUUGAUGACAAAUGUAAAUCGUAUUCCUCAAGUUUUAUCUGUCAUUCUUUCAGGACGUCAAAAUCUCCAAGUCAGGUGCAGCUUCAUUAAGAAAAUUAAUUUUUUCAAGGAUUUUAUCAAAGGAUUGUAUUGCAUUACGACAUAGUCAUAGUACCUAAGUUUCAAUGCUGUGUGGGGGUAACAACAUGAGCAUUUUUUUUGACUGUGUUGUGCCUACCUCUUGCUUUUUCACAUGAUAAGUUUUUAAAGUUGUAAACCGUAAGCCAAUUUUCAUUUCUUCGCAGGGAACAAAAAUGUCGGCGCCAGAUCCGCCCUACGGCGCAUCGGGUCCUCCCUUGUCCGCCCAUCAGCUUCUAGAGCACACUAGUGUGGAAGAGGUGGCUAUGCAAUACAAAUUUCCUGCACAUGUACAAAAUGCAUCACAGAUUUCAUCAAUUUGGAGUGUAAGAAUGCUUGUCAUGCUAAUUUAAGAUCGGGGCCAAGUUUUGUCAUGCAGAGACCGCAUUGGUUUUGGUACGUGCCUGUGCGGGAAAUCUACUGUGGAUAGUGGCAGCUAGGUUGGACGCAGCGAUCGGGGAAAUCGGGGACAUCGUCCGCGAGCAAGCCGUAUGGAUUGCAAAUAUGUCUGAGUCUGGAAAGAACUUGUGAUGUAAGCCAGGCAAUAUUGGGCCGGCGCACUGUCAUACAUGGCCAAGCGUGACAAGUUUUUGAGCUGCUACGUGUACCGCGUAUUCCGCAUGGCAGACUGCGCUUUUGCAUCACACACAAAGCGAUCCUUUUGCACCUACACAGGACAGAGUUCCGCGUCAUGUCAGACAAGCAUGACAAAUCUCGCAGUCUUCCAGACCCAGUAGACAUAUUUGCAUUUUAUAAGCCGACUCCUUUCUCGAGUCGUUUCCGUCUCCGUAUGCACUGCAAGAAAACUUGCGACAGAAGUUCUUGCUGCGCAGAGACAGACAGGCGCGCGGCGAUGACAUUUUGAUUCUUUCCGAGGCCUGUUUAGUCGUCCAGUGAUCACGCGCCUCCGCCUGUAGAAUACGCCUUCGCAGAUGCCGCCUCAUCCUGAUUGCAUCAACGCGAUUAGAUACUUGCAGACCAAACAAGAACGAAGCGAGCAUUUUCAUAUAAGGGGUGUUUUUGUCAUCUGUGUAAUAAUAUUGCAACAAAAAUCGCAGGAACAAGUUUUCGCAAAAAUGCAUACGGGAGACCAGGACUACACGACCAACCUGCAACUGCGCGCGGGCGUCAGGUCUAUCCGAAGCUUUUGGGAGGACGCGCUCGCGCUGGGUGGGAAAGCCGACGAGUUGCAGGAGUCGCUGGAAACCAUCUGCGCCGCGUCCCGGAAGGGAGAAGCAGCGGCCGUAGUUCCCGAGGUGAUUAGUAAAUGGCUCAGCGAAACCGCGAGUCCAGUCGUGGACGACUUGAAGAAAUAUGAGGCGGAACGGCUCUACGUCUCCCUCAUUUGUUUGCCGCACAAGGUCAAGGUGCGUAAUCCUGUCGGUGCCCCCGUGGCGGUAUUUGCAUGACAGAAGUUGUUACAGCCGAGUCGCAGCAAACCUCGUAGAACCCAGCCGCCUCAUAACUUUCAUGCAGGAUCUCCCUCAAGGUCAAGGUCAAGGGUGAGGCCCCGUGUCAAUCCUGUAGUCUUCGUUGUUGUGGAUGUUCUUCGACGUCAGUCUUCAAAUGAGGGGGAAUUGUCCAGCCGCAUAAACGAAAAUACAAUAACAAAACUACUCGGCGCAAAAACGUCCCCAACUACGACCCACGCGCAAGAUGAGAACUCUGCAAGGCAACUGCAUAUCUUUUGGGACCCGCGCAUGACAAAUUUCCCUUUGUUUUUGUAGCGUAGUGCGCGUUUGGCUUUGGUUGCAGGGAUAGCCGCAUUACAAAGCCAUCCGCUUAUCCUGUCAUCCGCAUUACAAAUUAUGCUAAAAAAACCCGACGGCUGAGAUUGCCUCUUAUGGGGAUGCGCAUGACUACAAAUGCGUCUCCCGUAGAUUCUAAUCUGCAUGGCAAUGCUUGGGGGGGAUUUUUUUCCUCAGGAUAAGAGCCGAGCCGUUCCUCCUGAGAAGGCUGCACGAGUAUGAGCGCGCUGCCGCGAGGCGCUUUGGGGCCCGGCAAUGUCGUCACGGGCCGAAAAUUAUGCGGGGCAAGUGCAAAAACAAACGCGAGUGCGUCAGGGUCAGUGAGUUUGAAAAAAGUUGCAGUCCGGAAUGAAUAAAGCUGAGAAAGUUGCUUGCCUGCGACGGCUCGACUCAGUCCUUUCCGGGACUUUAAGGUAGCGCACGAUAAUAGAGACUUGCACUACAAAGAGUAGUAGUAGCUGAAAACGCAAGAUAGUCAAUCACAUGAAAAUAACUCGGCAGGUGUUAAUAUACGCAUGACCAGCACUUACAGCUUAAGAAAUUGCGCCGGUUUUUCCGUUGGCGAACGCCAUACCUUCGGCGCCUUUCUGAACCCAGAGACACACAAAGAAAGAUUUGCACUCCAUAGGAACUCCGGGGGAUUGGCAGUGCUGGCACUGCGGCACAUAUCGCGACAGGUCGGAGACGCACUGCGGAACCAUCGAGCAGCUGCGGCAGGGCCGUGGGUGCAAGAAUAUCUGACAGCAAAGUCCGCCCAUAAACAGUAGAAAAACGCUGCUUGCGUGGCGCAAACGCUUGCCGUGUUGUUUGCAUGGCGCAGGCAAGUAGCUUUUUGAUGGCCGGCAAAGCCAGACCAUGAGUGAGGCGAAAGCCUGCCGCGCAAAGUUGAGACGUCUGUGACGAAGCAAAGGAACCAGACACCAAAAGAGUUCCUGGCGUUCUUGAAUAGAAGAUAAAAGCCCCAGUAUUGUCGCUUACAGGGCUGCGCCACAAUCACAAGCGUUUCUAGUUCUCUAUGGGCGCGCUUUCCUGCAGGAUAGAGAAGCCGAGAUACUUUGAGCCGCCGUUCUAUGGAUGUGUCAGGUUUGAAAUCAACAAAGUUGAAAUGAUUUCUCAUGCAUAAAAUGCGACACAAAGACUGACUCUAUUGCAGAGGACGCAAAGGAAGCAGAUUAUAGUGCUGGCAAGGGUCAUAAAUUGGGUUGCUGGCUAGCAUCACAUGGGGGAGCCCUCUUGCCCUAAACAGCAUGACAGACUUGCCUCAGAGGCCAGGAAAAUUUGCCAUGCGCCGAUUGCAAAGUGGGGGUCCAAGUGGUAUAGAUUUUAUGCAUGACAAACUAUUUCAACUUUGACGAUUUCAAACCUGACACCCCCAUACGUUCGUCCUGAAUUCCCGGACCGCCAUGAUCGCACUAUCAUAUGCAAAAGCGUGCGCGCGGCCCCAUAUAUAUUCAAGCUAUGGGAUCAGCAUAGACAAGUCGAGGAGCGCUUUCGCGGUUCGAGGAUGACAAGUGUGGGCGCGCACUGUAAUCAUGCCCAGCUAGGCCAACUGCGUCACAAAGAACUUUCUCUAUUGAUCAGCGCAUGACCACCCAGAAAUUCAUCCGUACUGCGACCCUGACCCAAUUUGCCUGCCUUGCGGUGCCGCAUGAGAAGAAAGUGAUUGGGGAACACUGCAAAUACGUGCGACCACAAGAAAAAUCUGGGGCCGCGGAUUACCACGCUUAUUUUGCACUGGAUACGCGCACCACUUUGCCGAGGACGUUCCGGCGCCGGAUCUGGAGUAUUACGCCCCACCACCACGACCGCCGCUCUCCGCGUCCACACCUACCACAGCAACCACUGUGAGCACGGCGACGAACGGGCUACCGCCACCAGUAUCCUGGGGGAAAGCGUUUCCGCCCAAGAGUCAAAGCGGGAACUACGCUAGACAAGCCGCCGCGUUUUGGCUGUUGCGUGUGACAAGUUUGGAGCCGUUGCGAAAUCGUCUUUGGGUAGCGUAGCAGCAUGACAAAUUUAGAGGAGCCCUAUCUUGAUUAGAGCAUGGCAAACUCCUACACAGCAUGAUUGGUGAAUGCUCCGCAUGGGGAUGCCCUUGAGAAAAAUUUGGUGCUUGCAAAUUUGCAGAGCGAGGCCGUGGUGGAGAUGUUUUUCCUCAGGAUAGCCAGGGUUCGUCCGCGGCCGGGAGCAGGACAUGUUGGCCCUCGUUCCUCCUUCGCGCCAACUUCUAAACGCGGCCACAAAUGAUCUAUCGCACGAAGAAACUGCUUCACCGUAAAAUUGUGACGCAUAGAAAAAUGGAACGCAGAAACAGGAGUAUUCAUUUCUAUAUAUGUCUCUUGCUAUAGAGUGAGGCAAGACAUUGGAUACCUAGCCUUGCUGCUUAUUUCCCUUCCUAGGAUAGUACGCGCAUGUCAAGUUUUCUUUACGUGUAACGAACUAGCGAUGCAGAAUUUGUAAAAUCACUCGAGUAAACGCGAAGCAGCUUUUUCUCAGGAUAUACUCCAUCUUCGCAGAAACUUCUUCCCCGCGGGGGCAGUACCAGCCUGCACGUGGGCCUUGCGUCAACUAGCGCGGCACCGAAAGCCUCCGCGGCUUGUACUGCCACACCUCGACGUGCUACCACGCCAGCGGUUGCGGUUGCAAAGGUCUUGCGGUGGCCCGAGUAUAAUCCUGGUGCGAUUAUGGAAGGCUCUAGCACUGCUGCAAAAAGCGAGGGGCGAAAAGGUAUACGUUGAUAAGUAUGUCUUUCUCAGUGCUGAGCAAGCUACGUAUGUCGAUGAGGACACCGAUCAUAACAGCGUGGUUUGAUGUGUGUAAGUAGAAAUUAAUAUUUCUUCAGUUAAUUUUUCAUGUAAGUCCAAUGAAUGUACUACAUGCAGGCUCCGAAACGUGUUUCACCAGUGCGGGGGCUGCUGCCAGAGGACAAGACAAAGACUUCUUCAACUCGUUUCACGGAACCUAUGGCGUUCUCAAAUGUUACAUUGUUCUCAAUUGUUACAUAAAUUUGUAAUGCAAGAACGGCGAAAGUGAAAGGGACAAGAUUGCGCCUUUUGCAUUACAGAUUUGGCACAGAUUUACAUGCUGUUUAGCCCUUCGGAUAUUUGUCAUGCGAAGCAGCUUAAUCGUGGCGAUCUUGGUGGUAAAUUUGCAUGACAAAUCAUGUAACAGGUGGUAAAUUUGCAUGACAAAUCGUAGCAGCUUGGCCACAUUUGUCAUGCAGUUUUUCGUUUUGGUCAUACUCUCUGGUUUUUUCCUCUCGUGGCAAUUUGUACCUGGUGUCCCUGUUUGUCAUGCAAAUCCUACCAUCUACGCUGUUUCUGGCCUCUUGCAUGUUGGUCCUUGGACGUUGGUGCCACGAUCGCAACUCCUUUUCCAGGACCUUAGUUUCCCGCCUGCUACAACCUCGUGCUUCCACUUUUUUGGAUGGUGUUUUACUGGGGGUAGAACUGUGUCAUAGUUCCUGCUUCAAACCCUUUUACUUUUUAAUUUGGUUCCCUCGGUGCUGAGACAGGGAGUUUGCACAGAGUUAUUUCUACCUAGAUAACAACCAACUCACGUCGCAGCCGUCCCAGGAGUUUCGGUUGUUGUCUCUCGGUAGAAAUCACGCUGUUCAAAAAAUUUCUGUUUUGGAGUUUACCGGGUACGCGGUUAAGAGUUUGUCGACGUAAUUUACAAAGGGACGCCCUGCCCUUAGUUUCCCAACAUGACAAAUCAUGUAACAGCUGAGAAUGUAACAGUUGAGAACGCCAUAGAACCCUGGAGGCGGGCGGGGAGCAGAGACACCGGAUUUUUGGCUUGGCGCGGCACAUAGAGACGCCCGUUUUCGUGAGUUGCGACAGCGAACACAGUAUGUUAUACGGGUUCAACAAUAAUUUUUGUGCGGAGGACGAGCAGGACCUUAACAUCAGCAAAAACACCAGUACAACUACCAGCCUCCUGCCCGAGCGCGAGACCGAGGUGAAAAGGAUGCAACACUUCUCCGCAAUACAGAGGGCGGAAGACGCCGAGACGAACUGCCAGCCGAAAAUAACCCGCAAUCAGGACCAUCAAAACGCGAAGCUGCAGAACAAGUACCUGAGUCAUUUUGUCACGAAGGAGACGUGUGAGUUUUUCCACGCCAUUCCCUUUGAGCAGGCGAAAGAAAGGCUCCGUUCCAUUUUGACCGAGGUCAAAACGACUAUCGCGACUGCGGAACAGCUUGCGAAAGCGGCCACACAAUCGCGGCUGGAUCUUGCGCAGGCGGGCCCGGACAUCAAAAUUGCGGCGCUACAAACGUCAAAGGCGGUGAUGAAAAAACAGUUGGACGGCAUGCAGUGGCUGGCGCCGAAGCUGGGUGUAGUCCUAAAAGCGGCGGGCAAAGCGCUGGACUUUCUCACCUUCAUUGUCGACGCGGAAACAGGCACUGGGAGUAGUACAACAAGCACAGGAGGAGGAGUUGUUGCAGCUGCACCCACGAAAAAUUUGCUAUCGCAGCAGAGCUGCAAGAACCAUCAGCAAUUGCAGGUGCACACGACGUCGAUCAAGGUCGCGAGUAGAGCUUGGCUCAGGGGAACCGCGCGGCCGCAACUGCAGGAGCUGGCAGCGGCGUGGGAGAUGAAAGUGAAAGACCAGGUCGAAGGUAUCCUGAGUAAAAACGUCCCCAGACCAGAGUUGUAAUGCAGAUUUGCAAAGAUAGGAAGACUUGUAAUGCGCAUCCCCAUGAGAGCCAUUGAUUUCCAAUCGUGUUUUGGAAUUUGUGAUGCUGUGAACAGGAUGCGCAGAUGAAUCUGUGACGCAACUGCACUUGCUAACCUGCACUACACUGCGGAGUGCAACUUGUCAUGCGUGACUCACAAAACUCCUAGGUUUGUGCUGCGAAAUCCCCAUCCUGACUCUGGUGUGGGGACGUUUUUACUCAGGAUAGAAGGAGAAGAAUCUGCGCUGCGAGAGCUGCUCCGAGACGAGCAGGAGCUGGUGGACCGGCCCGCCCAGGGGAAUAAAUCAGCGUGGUCGUUAUGGGAUUUGGGAAAACUUCAAGUUGCGAUUGUGUAUAUCAAGCACGGACGAGAACGAGCAGGAGCACGACUUUGACUAAAGAGACUUGCGUUAUAAUUUGUUCUAAUUCGUAUGUUUAUGUUUUGAUUUUUUGGUACGAUCAUGCUGUGAAACUGUGACGCUGUUCCAACGUUAAUGUACGCAAUGCUGGAGCAUCAACUUCAAUAUCAGUUUGAAUCUGGCAACGGAAAUUUGUGUACUUCUGCUACUACUUCGCCUGCUAGACGAUAUUUCCUUGUUUUUCACCCUCCAUACCCGCAACGAGACGACGACCAAAGUUGGAAAAAAUUGGCGACCAGCCGCACGCAACGAGACGGGCUACAACCGGGGGAGGCGGCCAGGGCGGUGUUUAUCAAUUUGGGAAACUUUUACAAUGAGAUAUCAAUUGCAAAUAUGUCUGGGUCUGGAAGAGUGCAGACAUUUGUGAAGAUGCAGUUUUUGCCUAGCCCAGAUCGUCGGGCAUGCGAGCCCUAGCAUCACAAAUUCCGAGCAGGUAUCCCAAUGCCUAAUUCGCAUGACAAAUGCCCCCUUUCUGUAACAGGAAGUGGGGCCUUUUGCUGACCAUGCAUGACAGAUUUUGCCAUCUUCUAGAAUUCGCAUCGCAAAUUCGAAUCCAUCCAGACCCAGACAUAUUUGCAAUGCAUAUGAGAAAUACGGUCACGAUGAAAUGAUGUUCGAGCAGGACCGCCUGGAUAUGCUGUGCAAAAGUAUCGUAUUCGUAUAAAUGCAAGUCUUGCAUUACAGAUCUCUCUUUUAAGGUAAAUCAGCAUUGCAAAUUUUUUUUCUCAUGCUGGGAAAAUUUGUAAUGCAUUUAUACGAGUACGAGUGCGAUACUUUUGCGGUUCAUACUGGACGUGCAGCAGCAGCUCUCCAAGCUCCCGGGCGUGAUCUUUGCCGACGUCAAAGGCUACCGGCGCCGGCCGCCGAAAGAGAACCAGUGCUACUUCGUGGCGGUCCUGGACAGCGAGCCGGCAAGGAAGCGGGCUUUGGGUUUGGGCACGCUGGCUUUGCGGUCGCAACGGGGAAGGGGAAUACAGAUCAUCCGCUACCUGGUGAAGCCUCAUUGGGAAGUCGAAGGCUGCGACCCCCCGCCGAGGAGGGCGAGAAACACGGGCAGGUCAGUCGAACGUAUAUCCUGAGUAAAAAUGUGCCCACACCAGAGUUGUUAUGCAAAUCUGCAUGCCAAAAAAGUUUCUCGUGCUGAUCCCCAUGAAAGGCGUUUUCUACUCGUGUUUUGGGGUUUGUGAUGCUAUAAUCAGCAUGAUAUGCUAGAUCUGUGAUGCUGCUGAACUAGAACUAAACAGGAUUACAUUACAAGGACAAACCUGUCAUGCGAAACAGCCAAAGCUGGUUGAUUUGUCUAGCAGAUUUACCACCUUGACUCUGGUGUGGGGACGUUUUUACUCAGGAUAACGUAAUGAUGAACAUCAUCGAGAAAGGAACAAUAUCAAAAGUAAAAAUGUCUGGGUCUGGAAACUUGUGAUGCUGGGUGGCGUCUCAUGAUGAGGCUACAAAUGCUGGCUCAGCAUGACAAGUUUCUGAGCUCCUAGGUGUUGCCUAUUCUGCAUGACAAACUGCGCUUCUGCAUCACAGAAAAACGGAGCUCUUGGGUAACGUGCAUGACAGAUUUAAGAGUCAUGCCAGACAAGCAUGACAAACAUGAAUUCUUCCAGACCCAGACAUUUUUACAGUUGAUAAACAACUACUCCGGUCGUCGUGGCCGCCGCCGCUCUGGGUCGACAAGUCGCCACCGAAAGCAGGACCGCGCGCCAAGUCGCAGUCCAAGAAGAAGCACCAACCGAACAAACGCAAACCGCAUGAAGAGUCGUCGAAGGGCAAGCAAAAGCAGAUUUCGACGUGACGACGGUCAAAGAGAAAGUAGAGACGACGUGCUGUCCUCUCGUCGAGAUCAGGGUGCUGGACGCAAGAGCGUGACGCGGAGUCGCCGACACGCGGAUCGAGAUGAGCGAGAAGGAGGUCGAAAUAGCGCCAGAACGUCUACCCCUGCUCGUAACACCUCCUCCGCUGCACGACCGUCAUCGACCGCUAUAUGACGAUCUCAAAUGUUACAUUCUCAGCUGUUACAUGAUUUGUCAUGCAAAAUGAGCACCAACGUCCACACAGUGAAGCUGCCUCGCAUGACAAAUGUUGGAAGGGCUAAUCAGCAGGGGAAUCUGUGCCGAAUUUGUAAUGCAAGAGUUGCAAGAUCCGGCCUUUUCCUGUUGCCAUUCUUGCAUCGCAAAGUCAUGUAACAGUUGAGAAUGUAACAAUUGAGAACGCCAUACGCCAACAAUCUGGUCCGUCGAGACGAUCGGCGGGAAGAUAGAAGCGGACGGUCUAGAGGUAAGUAAAUCCAUUCUUUUACAGUCCUCUUGUUGAUCUUGAUGUACUUUUUACUUUGCUGCUUCACAAGCGCGUCUUACAGGCUUGAUAGAUUUCUGGUCUGCAUAGUAGGUACUUGUGACUGGUUGCCCGCGAGGACACCAGCUCCGGUGGGGAUGAUUAUCUCUAGAAGAAUUUGAAUGCAACUCCCUCCUACCUUUUUUCAAAAAUCUCUUCACCCAACAGCACGCUCCCGAACCCGGUCCGCAGACAGGAAACAAAAUGAACCUCCUUGGCGCUGCCCGCGCUGCAACCAGAAGAACGAUGGGCGGCAGGCCUUCUGCUACGCGGAUUGCGGUUUUGAGUACAAAAAACCAGAAGUAGAUGAAUCAAACCGCAAAAAUUAUACAAGAACUCCGAGGAAUGGCGGACUUGCAAAAGGAUGGGGUCACGUGAUUGACACCUCGUCCCACAUAGAAGUGCAACAACAGCCCCCGCUGCAGUCCUCUACCGGCGACAUUCGGGAUUUGAGUCCGUCGGAAAAACCUCGGGCCGUUUUUUUGGAGUUUUUCCUUCCCCCGCGAGCCGUAUGAGAGUGCACAACUCCCCCUCCCCGUCAUUUGUAUAGCAUGAACAGCAAUACAAACACCAGCACACGUUGAGCCUACGCAUGACAAACUUGCUUGCCUAGCUUAGUACUCCUGUUUGGGCUUCCGGAAUUGGUCAUGCAAGCAGUGCCAUAGGGUAGCGACUGGAAUUGGGAUUUUGCAUGACAAAUGAGGGGGAGGGGGGGGGUUGUGCACUGUCAUAAGCCGAGGAUCACCAAGGACUGAAGGACUACCUGUUCCGGUUUGCCAAGACGGAAGAUUUUCAAUUGGAAAAUUACGCGGCGGUGAAAGUAUGAGAGUGCACAUCUCCCCCUCCCCCUCAUUUGUGAUGCAAAAUACCAAAUCCACCCUUUGCCUGUUGGCACUUUUCGCAUGACAAGUUGUGAAAGCUCAAACAGGACUACAAUCCUCGGUAAAUGUGUCAUGCAAAUCCUGCAUUCUAUCUUGGUCUUGCCGACACUUGUAUUGCUGUUUGUGCAAGGCAAAUCAGGGGGAGGGGAAUCGUGCACUCUCAUACAAAGAUGGCCGGAUGCAGAACGCGGUGGCCGUAUUCGAUCACGAGGAGGCAGUGACUCGUCUCGCAGGGAAGAAGCAGCUUACCUGUAAAAGCAGUGUCUCCAGGGAAGAGUUCCGGGUCGCGGUCUACCCGUUUCGGCAAAGUAGCGUAAGCAGGGGCGGUAUCGCGGUGAAGGGAUGGAGAAUCGAUUUUGCGCAACAGCAGGCGAUUGAAGAAGAACGAGCAAGAGGAAUUUCUAUGGAGAUGCGAGACGGGGUCGUUGUCGAGCGGGAGGUAGAUUACGAGCUGCUACAGCUACAUGGAGUAGACGUGGCAGUAUCGACAUCAGUGCGACAUGAUAAGCGGCAAGAAGAGCGGUUUUUUUCAUCGUCAUCUCAUGCGGACGUCGCGGGAGCGGCGGAAGGGCUUGCUGCUGGAGACGAGUCUAGCGAGCGGGAUAUGGAGCAAGCCUCUUCGAACAACAGCCGAAACGUGCAACAACACCUCCUACAUGAACGCUACUGCAAGAACACCAGCUUUAAGCAGGCGCAUGCUCCAGAUCUUCCAAACCCCAAGGCGGACCUGCUCCACGCGACUGCGAGUAACAAGAAGGCCUCGUCUUUGGAAGAAAGAAAAAAGAGCAUCGCCGCCAAGAUUGCGGAGAAACGCAACCAAGCUCUACAGAGGACCAACAAGGUACUAGCGGCGGCUGCGGUGGAAACAAAGACGAAAAAAGAAGAGGAAACAACUUUUAUGAGCAAGGGGGUGAUGUUGCCAAGUUCUGGAGCAGGUUGCGCGACAUUUUCAACAUCCACCCGGAAUGGACGGCUGCUUGUGGAAGAAGACAACUACACGAUGAAAAGAGAGGACGAUAAAAGCGCGAUGAAACAAGGGCGACUGCAUGCACGCGAACAAGAUCAUGGUGAUCACCGCCACCAGAAGGAUGUUCUUUCCCAGCGAAGAGGCAGAAGCAAUAGUAGUGAGGAAAAGUCACAGGAAAAUCUACCGCGCGUAACUACAGCCCGGCAGUACCGUCGCGACGAGGAAAGCGGUUUACAAGGCGGCGCGCUUUCGAAGCGGCGGAGGGUGGGGAAGAGCAGGAUGAGAUAG